AUGAUCAAAGCAGAUAACGCCUUGCUGCUGGAGGAACCACUCCUGCGUGUGCCUUAUGAGAUGCUUCGUAAGAAUCUCAAGACGGUGCACAAACAUAUGACCCAGGAAAGCACCAUGGUCGAACAGACGCUGAGUAAGUUACAACAGAGUACUCAGCAUGUGGCUGCCGAAUAUGGCGAGAAGCAGCAAGAGGAGGCUCGUGAGAGCCUUGAUCAACUCAUUUCACGAGUCCGAGGCUUGAAGCGGAAGAUUGCCACUCUAAAGGACGAACAAAAUGAGACAUUAACUACCACAAAGGCUAGAGUGGAGCAUUUGAAUGUCAUCUUCGACAAUGAAAAGGAAACCGACCCUGAGAAGCAGAAGGAGACGGAGAAGAAGUGGUUGAGAACACGGCUGGAGCGACUGCUUACCGACUACUUCCUCAGGCAGGGCUUCUCUGAAACCGCCAAAUCAUUUGCUCAAAACAGAGGCAUUACUUCGCUGGUUGACGUUACCAUUCUGGACCAAUGCAUUUCCGUUGAGACUUCACUGCGACAACGACACUCUACUGCGGAGUGUCUUGCCUGGUGUUCUGAAAACAGAUCGUUUUUGAGGAAAACAAGAAGCUCUCUGGAGUUUGAGGUUCGUCUACAACAUUACGUUGAACUUGUCAAGAGUGGACGAGUGGAGGACGCUCUCAAGUAUUGCCAGAGGUUCUUGUCUAAGAAUGCUGACAUUCAUCUGAGAGAAAUUCAGCAGGCGGCAGGACUUCUAGCAUUCCCCCCUGGUACAGAGGGGUCUCCCUAUAAGGACCUUUAUGCCUGUGAGAGAUGGAACCAGCUGUCGCGGAAGUUCGUGCAGACGUUUGCAGAUGUCCAUGGCCUUUCGGACGGCUCUUCUUUGCUCUACACGCUAUCCACUGGCCUCUCAGUCCUUAAGACGCACUCUUGUCGAAACUUCGGAGCUCCUGCCGAGCUCCCCAUCACUGCGGACAAGGACGAAGACAUGGACCCCUCAUUGACUUCAUCUGCCCGUCCAUAUGCUCGUCGCUCGGAAAACCUUCCUAGUGUUUUUGGUUCUGGCUUCUCAAUUAGAAUGUACGGCUCUGACGAGAUUCGAGGACUCGACACUCUUCCUGUCAUACCUCCUCGAGCUUUGGCCAACCUCAGUAGCAUGCGAAGAGACAUUGCAAUGCAAAAUAAUCUGGACCUGGAGGAAUCCAUUGAAGAUGAUAAUGAGGAGAGUGAAGAGCGAACUUCAGGCGAUGGUGAACGUGACAGCGAUGGGGCUGUACCUGUGGAGGAGCUCGAGGAGCUUCCUGAUGCUCCUCCAGAGCUUCUCUCUGCAGAAUACCUUGCACGGCGAAUUGAGGAAGCUACCAAGGAGAACACAGACAUCAUUCCCAAGACAACUCUAGACAUGUUCAAUCACUUUUACCCUGGGUGUUGCACCUCGCAUCAGUUGUCGCGUGCAGAUGCGUGUCCCGUGUGUUCUGUGGAGCUGAACUCCCUUGCUGAAAAUCUCCCAUAUGCUCAUCACAUUCGAUCGCACUUGGAUGCCGACCCUGUAGUGUUGCCCAAUAGCAGAAUCUUUGGCCGAGCGAAGCUCAUGGAGUACUCCCACAAAAUGAUGAAGGCUGCUCCCAACACUGUCGUUGACCCCACAUCUUUUGAGUGCUUCAAGAUUGAUGAGCUCAUUACUGCUUACCCUAGUUGA